AUGGUUCAGGCAGAUCAAGAUCAACUGGCACCUAUGGAUCUUGAAGAAGAGAGAUUUUUCAAAUCUCAGCAGCGUACAUCUUACGAUGAUUGUUUGAAAUUCAACCAUUGUGGUCGAUACGGUUAUUGCAGGGAAGACUUGGCUGAUGAAUCGCCUUGUGACUGCAAGUUUUGGUGGAGUGGAAAAUACUGUGAUAUCCAGACCAGUAGCGGCAAACAGGUUAUUGCAUUUGGCGUGAUGUUAGCCUUCCUGAUGGCACUUUUCUAUGGGUUGAAGUUAUUUCAUUACAGCAUUAAAAAGCGCACAACGCCUUCAACAGACGAAGUGAACCAAAAUAUUCCGAUAAUCGUUGAAGAUUCUGUGAUCACUCGAUCUACAUUAACGAACCAAUCUCGAUCAUUUGGCUCACGAAUCAUUGUUAUUGGUACGAUUCUACUAGGUACUGGUACGCUUAUUAUUAAAUGGAUCCUCUUAAAGUCGAUUCAUCAUGAAGCUGUUAAUAAAUUUGAACAUGGAAAAACUUUGCUUUUCGAAAAACAUUCUUUAUGUUCUAAAAUUAUUUUUGAUAGUCAAUUUAAUAUUACAUUUCCCGUCGCUUGUUUAUUAAUUAUAAUAUUUGCCAUCACAACAAAACGGGUAGCACUGCAAAGAGACAAAUGUAAUGGAUAUUUUGCUCUACCAAUACCUGUCGAUUUCUUUUCUCAUGUCAAACCAAGAUUUACUGCAGUGAUGUUCGCAAUUUUCGCCGAUGAAUUAUUAGACAUUGCUUAUGAAUUGUUAAGUGCUCGCUUUAAUCCACUAGAAGAUGAAGGUGUCAUAGUGGAGUAUGUUCUCGAUAUAAUAAAAGUAUUUGUCAUCGGCUGUCGAUGCUAUCCACUUCUGGCCGCCAAUUACAUUCACACUCGAUUAAGUUUAGCAUGCGCUACUUUAUAUGCAUGGCUUCUCUUCGGUGUUACCAUCAUUGAUAACAAUUUAUGCCGCAAUGAUUAUUAUUCUACCGAUGAUGAUGCAGUACAAAAUAAUAUUGCGCUUUACCUAAAUUACUAUGGUACUGGUUCAAAGUUACUUUCUUUCCAAGUCUGUGCCGAUAUUCCUCGUUAUUUACUGCUUGCCUACGUCAGCAUUAAACUGCCUGUAUUAUUUUUCAAACAACUUUACCGCAAAGAUGUUAGAAACAAACAAUUAAGCAGCGAGCAAAAAAUUCUUCUACACUCAUCAUUACCUUAUUCAACGGAAUCACAAUAUAUAAAAAACUUAUCUAGAAGUCAAAAUGAAAAUCGACCAAGCAACCGAUUUACAAUGAACAUUCGACGCAUUUAUACGUGGCGAAAUGAUUUUCGAUUUUCAUCGCGUAUCCUUUGCGUUUAUGCAGCAAUCUUUCUUCUACUUUUCUUCUUGACUAUGGAGGCAUGCUUUCGAGCCUCUCCGUGGGUCCAUGAACUACGGAAACGGGUCCAACAUUUAGUCGACUCCAUAAACAGUUCUACGAAAUCAGUAAAUUAUUAUUCGACGCAGAGUAAUGAAGAUUCUCCUACCUUUACCAUUCCACAGUUUAUUCGGCCUUUUAUAAUUGCCAUUUCAGCUGCUCUCUUUGCUACUGUUGUACAGCUACUCAUCUUGCUUGCGUCUAUUCGUCGAAACUUACUGCAGACGUUUCGAGGAGAUGACUGUGAGAUUCCGCGAGCUUUGCCUGAGAAUAAUAUUGAUCAUGGUAUUGAAAAUUUUCAUUUUGCUGGUACCCUCAUUGGUUAUGUUUUGUGGAAUUAUGUGCUUGUAGCUCAGUUGAUUUUGAUUAUUACAUUUCUAGUUGAAGUGUACAUUACAUAUGGCAGCAUGAGGUUUAUCGAAUUUAUCCUUAAGAUGGUCAUUCCUAUAUCGCUUUUGAUUGUUUUUAAAAUCUAUUUGGACAGAAUGUUGUCUCGAUACGUAUUUCUUCAACGUGCAGGUGAUGUAUUAUCAAUCAAUAAUCGACGUAUGCUGAUGAUUUUUCUAUACUUUAAUUUGUUUUUUGAUGCUUUUCUUGCUUCUAUUACGGCAACACUUCGUAUUGUAAAAAGUGCUAUCGGCGGAACAAUUUACAUGUGUCGACUCGAUUACUCUCCGUUAGGUCGAAAACUUGAAAAGCUAGAUGAUGGCUUUAGUACAUAUUGUGGAUUUAUUCAUAUGGAAUGUGCUCACCGACAUCCCAUUUUACUUUGUUUUGCUAGUCACCUUCUCCGAUACACAGUCGAUCCUGUAUCAACAACAAAACUAUCCAAGUCAAAACGUAAAUGGCAUCUUGCCUUGUUUUUAGUUAAGAAUCCAGCAUUCAUUUACCAACGUAAAGCAUUUCUUGCUCGUCUAAAACCGGAUGAAAGAAACGUGAUAUUACGUGGAAAAGGACAUAUGCGAAGAUCAUACAUUGACCGACUGUCUUCUGGAGCUCCUUAG